AUGGAUAGCUUGGGCGGUUUGUCUCAUCCCAAUCCAGUCGUCCCCGCGCCGUCAAAUUCUGUCUUUGCAAGCCUGCAUCGCAGAAGCCGCACCGCCGACUCGCCCGGCUCGGUCACCAAGACCCUAGAAACCAGGGACGCUGCAGCUAGAGAUGCGAAGCGAUUUCUCCUCCAGGCUGUCCGGAAUGAUUGGGCUUACCCUCCACGCCCGGCAGCCCUUGCUGCUGUUGAAGCAGACACCGCAACGGCCCCUGCUGCUGGCGCGCCGGUAGAAGCUCCACAGGAGCCGCGUGAGAUAGCAUGGAAGCACCGGGAGAUGGACAACUCGGGCUCAGACUGGGAAGACCCGCUGGAAAAUGCCGAAGGAAAGGAUCCGUAUCGGUUUGAGUCGCCUGGGGCCAUUGCGCGGGAGCUGUCGGAUAGACGCAGGAAGCGCCGCAAGAUACUGGAGGACGAGAUGACGUGGAACGAGGGCCUGAGUCUCUGGACGGCGAGACGGGAUGCCUGGACAGGUGCAAAGGCGCCCGAACGGCCCGGGGAUGCUGCUACAGAUGGUGCAAAGGCGAAGCUAGAGGCGUACAGGCAGUCAAUAAGCAGCGAGGAGAGCUAUAACGGGAGCUACGAUACAGACCUGGUUGAUACAGAGUCGCAAUAUACCCUUUCCAGGCCUGCGUCCAACGCCUCAGCCACUGCUCAUGUCAAACUUUCAGAAGCAGCAGCAGAUAACACAUCUACGAGGGACAAGGUAGAGCAUCUUACCGUCUCUUUGGACCGUCAAGCUGCCACCGCAGAAGACGUAAAGGAGGAAGUAGACGACGACGAUGAUGAGUGCCUGGUGCCCAUCAUGGGGCCUCUGAUUCCCGACUCUAACAUGCUACGAGCCGCCAUCACUCCCAAUGUCUAUCCAGCAAUUUACAGCAGACUCGUCAUCCAGUCGAACACGCCCGCCGUGCCCAUCAACCUCUCCCAUAUGACCCGCGCCCUGGUCCAGGGAUGGAAGACAAACGGCGAAUGGCCUCCAAAGCCAACCCCGACCAAAGAUGUGCCAGUCAUUAAACGGCCGAAGCAACCGGCUGCCAACACCAGUGCUAACCUCAAUGUUAAUGAACACGGUGAAUUGCGGGAUGGCAAGGGAAGAAGGCUGUCCGGCGUCAGCAACGCAGUGAAAAAGGUUCUUGGACUGUCUUCCUUCAACUCCGGGAAUAGGCUGCAUCUACGCUCAAACAGCCACAGUGGUUCCGUAUCCAGGCUUCCAACGGAGGAUUCUCUCAACAGACCUUGA